UGUCCGUUGGCCCUCUCGAUUCCUGUUCUAUUUAAUCACUUCAUUGUGUUCUUAGCCAUUUCAAUCUGUAGCCACGAUUUUAAUCUUGUUUGUUUACCUCAAAUCUCCCUUUGUUUUAGGCCAUUUGAAGCCAAAGUUUUGAACUCCAAAGAGCUUUAAUUUGUAUUAACAAAUAAAGAGAACAUGGCUGCAAAUGAUGUUCCGUGCUGUGAGCCAAGGUUCUGGAUGUAUCUUUUGAUAUGCGUAGGGUUGGUUGCUUUUGCUGGUCUUAUGUCGGGGCUUACGCUCGGACUUAUGUCGCUUAGCUUGGUUGAUCUUGAGGUUCUUGCCACAUCUGGCAGGCCUGACGACCAAAAAAAUGCCGCUAAAAUUCUGCCCAUAGUAAAGAACCAGCAUUUGCUUCUUUGCACACUGCUCAUAAGCAAUGCUAUGGCAAUGGAGGCCCUGCCUAUCUUCAUUGAUGCACUUCUCCCAGCUUGGGGUGCAAUUGUGAUAUCAGUCACUCUCAUACUAACUUUUGGAGAGAUUAUUCCUCAAGCUAUAUGUUCAAGGUAUGGGCUGAGUGUUGGCGCUAAGCUGUCCGUCGUUGUUCGGGUGCUUCUCUUAGUCCUCUUUCCUUUGUCUUACCCCAUCAGUAAGUUAUUAGAUUGGCUUCUGGGCAAAGGGCAUUUUGCACUUCUAAGAAGGGCAGAGCUCAAGACAUUUGUGGAUAUGCAUGGAAACAAGGCAGGGAAAGGUGGAGAAUUGACUCAAGAAGAAACUGCCAUAAUCACUGGAGCUUUGGACAUGACACUCAAAACUGCCAGAGAUGCUAUGACUCCAUUAACCAAAUUGUUCUCACUUGAUAUAAAUUCCAAACUUAACGAGAAAACCAUGGAGCUGAUUUUAAGAAAAGGACAUAGUCGAGUGCCAAUAUACUCGGGACAUCCAACUAAUAUCAUUGGUAUUAUUUUGGUUAAAAAUCUGAUCAAAUUUAAUCCAGAGGAGGAAACUCCCAUCAGAAAUCUCACCAUCAGAAAAGUUCCAAGGGUACGUGAGAACUUACCUUUGUAUGACAUUUUGAAUCAGUUUCAACAAGGACAUAGUCAUAUGGCUGUUGUCAUAAAGAGUCAUAAUGAAACCAAAGAGCCUGCAGAUUCUAACAAACUAGAACUCGAAACCGCGACACCGGUAACCGAGAUGGAGUUGGGGCAUAUUAAGCUGCAAAUAAGGAAUAUUUGCUCUAAUGGUUGUAGUGAUACUGAUGGAAAAUCAACGCCAGAUUUUGAUGAAGAUGUUAUUGGUAUCAUAACAUUAGAGGAUGUCAUGGAAGAACUUUUACAGGAAGAGAUAUUGGAUGAAACUGAUGAAUAUGUUGCUGUCCACAACAAGCUGAAAGUGAACAUGAAAGUAAGGAGAUCAACAUCGGAAUCACCAGGAGGACCUCAUCUGCAAUGGAUAUCACCAGUGGCAUCCCCAUUAUCUUCAUACCAUCAUUCUCCACUUUCUUCUUCAUACAAUCAUUCACCAAUUCUUCAUUCUCCAAUUCCUCCACAUAUUCACUCCCCAUUUAAUCCACCAUCCCUCUCUUCUUCCCCUAGAAAUUACUUUCACUCUUCUCCAACUCCAUGCUCUGUUCCUUCUCUUUCUGCUUCACCUUCUUCUCAUAAGAUCUCAAGGAAAUCCUAUGAGAAGCUGAAAAAUUAGCCAGAUGGAUCAUAGAGUGAUUUUAUUAUUUGGUGCAAUGUAUGCAUAUGAUAUGUAAUUGAAAAGCAUUAUACAUCAGUGUGCAUAUUUCUCAUGAUAUAUCAAAGAUACUUGUGUUUAGGGAUGACCUUAUGAAACUCCCUUGUUUCUUAAUUGGGUUUAAAUGGCUAGGAAAGCAAGUGGCUAGAAUUGAAAUGAACUUCUAUAUAUACAAAAUGAUAAUAAUAUAUUGAUUGUUACACAAGUUAAUACCAA